AUGUUUUACAAAAUGGAGUUGCAGAAAAUCAUCAGGGUGGAGCCGCAUCUGUUGGGUCGGACGCUGCACCGCCACCUUGCUAAAUACCUGCGCCAUGCUGUGGAGGGGCACCCUUUCCAGAUGCCUCUCCUAAAAGGAAGCAAUGGGGAGGUGGUUCGAGUGGAUCAAAGUUCCUCUGCAGUCAUUGUAGCUGUGCUUGACAUUCUGAAUACGGAAUUGCUUGAAGGCCGAGUCUUAGAUGAUGGUGGGGUGUCGUUUCUGCUCCAUUAUGAGGCCCUUGUUUUUAAGUUGCAUCGUGGCGAAGUUGUGGAUUUGAUGGUAGUUGCUGUAGAGCGCGAGGGAUGGUGGGGGGAUGUGUUGGGAGUUGGGAAAAUGUACAUCAGCCGUGGUCAGAUGGGAAGUGAGUGGGUGUACGAAAGUGAUGGCGUGGAAGGCAUAUGGAUUACGAAGGAUGGAUCACGCUCCGUGAAAAAUGGUGAAAUCGUGCGUGUGCGUGUUGUUGCCGAGACGCCACAGUCGGAGGGUGUUGUGGCAAUUGGCAGCAUGAUUGGAAAAUACUUGGGUACAUUCUAA